AUGCCAUUAACCGAACGUCAUGAUAUUAGUGCAGCAGCAUCUGCUGCGACCACCGGUGGUCUACGUGGUGUUAUUGCGGGAGGUAUCACAGGCGCUAUUGAAAUUUGUAUAACAUUCCCAACAGAAUUCGUGAAAACUCAAUUGCAAUUAGAUGAAGGUUCUAGUAGACGUGGUGAACCACGAAGAUAUAAUGGUGUUAUUGAUUGUGUUAAACAAACAGUAAAUAAACGUGGUUUUUUUGGUCUUUAUCGUGGUCUUAGUGUACUUUUAUAUGGAUCAAUACCUAAAAGUGCUGUUCGAUUUGGUGCUUUUGAAGAACUUAAAAGAUAUUCAGCUGAUGAACGUGGUCAAUUAACAUCAACAACUCGACUUUUAUGUGGUUUAGGUGCUGGUUUAGCCGAAGCUGUCUUUGUUGUUACUCCAAUGGAAACUGUUAAAGUUAAAUUUAUUCAUGAUCAAAAUUUAGCAAAACCAAAUUAUCGUGGUUUUUUUCAUGGUGUUCGUGAAAUCAUACGGUCUGAAGGUAUUCGAGGUACUUAUCAAGGUUUAACAGCAACAAUGCUUAAACAAGGAUCAAAUCAAGCUAUACGAUUUUUUGUUAUGGAAACCUUAAAAGAACGAUAUAGAAAAUAUACAGGAAAAGGACCAAAUGAACUUGUUCCAGUACUUAUAACUGGUAUUUUUGGUCUUAUUGCUGGUGCAGCUAGUGUUUUUGGUAAUACACCACUUGAUGUUGUUAAAACACGUAUGCAAAGUCUUGAAGCUUCAAAAUAUAAAAAUACAUUAGAUUGUGCGAUUAAAAUUAUGCGUAAUGAAGGACCACUAGCAUUUUAUAAAGGCACAGUACCACGACUUGGUCGAGUUUGUGCUGAUGUUUCUAUUACAUUUAUGAUCUAUGAUAGAUUUAUUGAAUCAUUUAAUCUCAUUUGGCCAAAAUAA